AUGACUAUCCAAGGGUCGAUCCUCUUUGUUGAUGCCUACGAUUCGUUUGCUGAAAAUAUCGCGGCCUUAUUUCGCCAGCAACUACGCGUCGAGGUCACCCUGAUCCAGAUAGACUGCGAUGUGCCCGCUCAAUUCGGCCGGUCCCUGGAAGACUUCUUCGCGAGCUUCGAUGCUAUAGUCCUCGGGCCUGGUCCUGGAAGUCCGCAAAAUCAUUCAGAUGUUGGUCUUUUCUCCCAAGUUUGGGGGUACGCAGGAAAAAGUGGCAUACCUGUCCUGGGUAUCUGUUUAGGAUUCCAGAGUCUAUGCCUUCAGUAUGGAGUGCCUGUGGUUCGAAUGGAUAUGCCCUGCCACGGACAUGCAAAAAGAGUGUUCCAUACCGACAAGGACAUCUUUGCUGGGGCUAGAGAUGUCGUCGCGACAAACUACAACAGUCUCGGAGUACAGGUGAAGGACCUCAAGCGCGGUUAUGGCUCCAGCCGGCCAGUAUCGUCAGGCUCGAUGGAGAGUAUCUCAUCAUCACAAAGUCUCCAAUCUACAGCCUCGUAUUUAUCAAAACCGUCUCAGGAUAGAUCACGGCAUGGGUUCGCCAACGACCUGGAAAUUCUAGCAUGGGAUCAGAAUGAUUGGGUGAUGGCAGUCAAACACAGGCUGUUUCCCUUCCAUGGUCUCCAAUUCCAUCCAGAGUCGUGCAAGUCGAAUCCGGAAUGUCGAUAUAUCCUCGAAAAAUGGUGGCAGAUUUCGAUUGCCCACAAUAGCAUUGUGUCCAGGCCAUCCUCUCGAGAAACAAUGCAGAGAUUGCCCUACGCCCCGCUCUCGACCAACUCCAACUCUGAGAGCAGUAAUAGGUGCCCGUUACUGAAGAAAUUGUCCCAGCUGGCAAAGUCGUCUGGCAACCACGUAACGUGCACAACUAUCUCACUAGCCGGGAAAGCCGACGACAUCGCUUCCCUGUGUCACGAGAUGUCGCCCUCAGGGCCUGUUGUCAUGCUAGAAUCUACAAAAAGAGGGCGGUACAGUAUGUACGCAUUCCCCGACUCCUCGAAUUUCCACAUGGAGUAUGCCAGAGAGCAGUGCUCGAUCUUUCAAGUGGGUUGUCGUGUUGCCAGGUUCCACCUCGACCGGGAAAUUGUUAUGCAAACUCUGGAAGCCUUCACCUGCAGCAAACAGACAAAGGAUGACGAGCAUUCAAUCCCAUUCCGAGGCGGCUUCAUGGGUUUCUUAUCCUACGAGUUUGGAACGACGUCACUGAAUAUGGAUGUCCCUCUUCAGCAAGGUUCGGAGCCUUCCACCCCGGACAUCAGUCUCCUCUGGGUUGAUCGCAGCAUUGUAUUCGACCAGGCUACCAGAAAAGCAUAUGUGCAAUCGAUCAGGCAAGACGAUCGUUUCUGGGUCGAAGAGAUGGUACAAAAACUCAUGAGCAUCUCGCAGUUAGAUGGCCGGUCUGCAACCCCCUCGGAAGACACCAGGCUCCGGGAUCAUCUGUCUUUUGCCACUUUCACUAUGCCUGACCAUGACCAAUACAUAUCCCAAAUUCGAGCCUGCCAAUCCGAGCUGCUGGCAGGCAAUUCGUACGAGCUGUGCCUGACAACCGAAGCAACAGUCUACACACCCCGCAAGCUUGACUACUCGUGGCUCAUAUAUAAGAACAUUCAGCGGCACAACCCAGUCCCGUAUGCCUCAUACCUGCGCUUGAACAAGAUAACAAUCCUGUCCUCGUCACCUGAGCAAUUCCUGUCGUGGUCACGCGAAGGCACGAUCGAUAUGAUUCCGAUGAAAGGCACGGUCAAAAAAUCUCCGGAUAUGACGCUCGACAAGGCCAGCACCAUCCUUGCGUCUGCAAAAGAGAGCGCCGAGAACUUGAUGAUUGCUGACUUGAUCCGCCACGAUCUGUACAGCACGGUGGGCCGGGAUGCGGUGGUCGAGGUUGUCAAGCUGUGCGACGUCGUCGAGACAGAGACAGUCUUCGCUCUCGUUUCGCAUGUCCGGGCCCACGUGCCGCCUGCUGAGUUGCACGCUGAUGAACAGAAGCAGGACAUGACCAAGUAUGGCAUUAAGGCACUUGGCCUCACCCUUCCGCCAGGGAGUAUGACGGGCGCGCCCAAAAAACGCUCGUGCGAGAUUCUUCACCAUCUUGAGCAGCGUGAUAGGGGUGUUUACUCGGGUGCCAUUGGUUAUAUGGAUGUCAAUGGAAACGGGGCAUGGUCUGUAUGCAUCCGGACAGCAUUCUCAAAUGAAGACGAUGAGGUUGCCACUUCAGACGAUGUCGACGGUCAACCCUGCAGCAUGCCAAGAUCCGCACAGAAAUGGCGCAUUGGGGCAGGCGGAGCGAUCACGGUACUCAGCGACCCUGAGCAGGAAUGGGAAGAGAUGAUGACCAAGCUCGACAGUGUGCUGCGGGGAUUCCGACUAGAUUAG